AUGUGUUAUAAAGAAAAAGAAUGGGAUAUUGAGCAGCUUGUGGGAUCUGGUGGCAUGCCAUCAUCACAUUCAGCAACUCUUUUAUUUUCGCCGUCGUACUUUAAGCUUCCUGGAAAGAGAUCAGGUGGAGGAGAGGUAGUACCAGAUGAGACAUUACGCCCCCAACUAAUGACACUCCUCCCAUGCAUUUUCUCCUGUGUCCGCCAUUCUCAUGUUGCUGUGAGACUAUCUGCUUCAAGAUGCAUCACAUCAAUGGCAAAGUCAAUAAAAGUCAACAUCAUGGGCUCAGUAAUCGAAAACAUAAUCCCUAUGUUGGGAGACAUGGCAUCUGUGAAUGCUAGACAAGGAGCAGGGAUGAUAAUGAGUCUGCUUGUUCAAGGAUUAGGCACUGAUCUUGUUCCUUAUGCAAGGAUGUUAGUUGUCCCUCUUUUAAGGUUGAAUGCCUGUUGUCUAGAAGUAGUUGAAAGUCACCCUGAGAAGAAUAAUGUGUUGGAGUUGUGGUCUUUUUUUGACUUUUUGAUGCCCGGAUUUCUUGGAACAGCGAGACAAAAAUACAAUGGGUCUACAUCAGGCAGGUUACCAGAAAGAUUAGAAAAGGAAGUACAUGAUCUUCUACCUCCCUCCAUAUCCAAUGGAAUUCGUGUUAUCACUUCCCCUUAUGGUGCAGAUUCUGCAUGGUAUGGAGCAAAACUUCUCAGCAAUUUGAGCACAUUUCCAAAUUCAUGGCUUUCAAUUAUUGUGCAUCUUUUGAGUACUUUAGGGGAGAGUGGAAGCUUAGCUUCAUUACAGAUAGACUUGGUGUUGUUUGUAUUAACUUUUACACUUGAUGCUUACAUUGUUACAAAAGAGUGGCAUGUUGUUGUUCGUGUUGACUACAUUCCUUCUCGUGUUGACUUACCUGCUUUAGGCCAUGGGAAAUAUGUUGAACUUGUUAAUCCAUUUCAAUGGAAGCUAUCAUGGAAACCUUCAACAGUAGUUUUGGACUGGCACCUUCUUGUAGAAGAUAUCGUGUACGUGUUCUUGUGCUGCUAUUGUGGAUUCGGGAACAUCCUUUUGCUUACUGGUCCAACUGUAUGUAUCUCACAUGAAGCUUCUGUUAGAACUAUUAAUCUUAGGGAUUUCAAGUUUUUCAUAUUUCUUGUAUCUAAUUAG